AUGUUUCUGACCCCAACACGAGAGGAAAGGCAGGUAGAGGACGUCAUGCUCGUCACCUCAGGCCCUCUGAUUUUCGCAGCAGUCCUGUGUAUUUCAACAGGUGUUUUGAUUCAGCAAAAUUUCAGUGUGUCAUAUCCCUCAACCAGCAUCUGUGGAUUAAAGGGGUCAUUUGUGGACAUGCCCUGCACUUACUCGUAUCCAAGUGAUCGUCACAUAAGAGAAACAUUCUGGCACAUCAAUUGGUUUCCUGAGGCACCAACAGACCUGAGUCUGGAUUCCAAAUAUCAGGGUCGUGUGGAAUAUCUUGGGGAUAAAGUGGAUAACUGUUCCCUACGAAUCAAGGAUCUGAGAGACAGUGACACUAAGGAAAAAUACAGAUUCAGGUUGACAACUGAUGACCGAAAGGGAACAUUCUCUGGAUCCGAGGUGUCUCUGUCCCUUGCAGAUCUUCAUGUGACAGUGAGUCCAGAAUCAGUGAAGCAGGGAGACAAAGUGACACUGACCUGCAGCACCACCUGCAGUCUGAGUAACAACCCCACCUACAUCUGAUGUCCAGUACUACAGCGUGACGUAUCCCUCUACCAGCAUCUGUGGCUUAAAGGGGUCAUUUGUGGACAUUCUCUGCACUUACUCGUAUCCAAGCGAUCGUCACAUAAGAGAAACAUUCUGGCAUAUUGAUUGGUGGCCUGAUACACCAACAGACUUAAGUCUG